AUGGCGCCAAUUAGAACUUCCCAUCGCGGCGGCUACGGUGCAUGGUUUGUUCGACGAAAUGAUCGAUGCGUUGUGACUAGAAAGGAUGAGCUGGACGAUGGACACCAGUUGCCGGAUCAUAGUGGCGUAGGUGAAGAGGAAAUUUCAGUCGUAGGAAUGAGUUUUGGUUCAUUGUCUCUCACACAGAAAUUUUAUGCAAACUAUGCAAAGAAAGUUGGGUUCGUUACUAAAAUCAGGAACACGAAUUUCGACAAGACGCGGAAGGAAUCAAAGAUACCGGUUAAUCAAUCUAUUUACUGCACGCGAGAAGGUUAUCGAGAGUCUAGGGUGAACGCAGCAACUCGAGCAAAUAGAAUUACAGCCACGAGAUGCAAAGUAAGGAUGUAUGUCGUGCUGGACAAUGAGAAUGAAUGUUGGGUUGUGUCUAGAUUAGAACUGAGGCAUUCUCACCCUUGUUCGGCUGAGAAAGCUGUCCACUAUCAUGAGUACUGGGAGCUGACCAUGCAUGCUAAGUGUGUCAUUACGGAUAACGACAAUACUGGAAUAAGACCCAACAAGACGUAUCUAGCACUGGCAAACGAGGGGAUGAUGAAUUAUUUUGUUCGAAUGAAGGAGAUCAAUCCCAACUUCUUUUAUGCAAUAGAUGUUGACGAUGCUAAUAAGUUUAGGACCGCACUUUGGGUAGAUGCAAGGUGCAGGGCUUCGUAUGAAUAUUUCGGAGAUGUGGUGUCGUUUGACACCACAUACAGAAGAAACAGGCAUAGUCUGCCGUUUGCAUCCUUUGUAGGUGUAAAUCACCAUGGGAAGUCUACUCUUCUUGGCUGUGCUUUCCUUGGGAGCGAGGAGAUCCCUAGUUUUGAGUGGGUGUUCACGCAGUGGUUCAAGUUAGGCCAAAACAGAUGGUUAGCAGACCUUUAUGCGAAUCGAUGGAAGUGGGUUCCAAUAUUUUUCAAGAGUGAAUUUUGGGCAGGCAUGAGAAGUACACAGCGUAGUGAAAGUAUGCACGCAUUUUAUGGUGGAUACCUGCAUUGCAAGAGUGGGUUGGUUCAGUUCGUCCAUGAAUACGACAAUGUCCUCGGAACCAAGGAGCAAAAGGAGCUGGAAGAUGAUGCUGCGGACUCGAAAGGUGUCAUCCCAUGUAUAGGAAGCACAGGCAUUGAGAGACAGUUUCAGCAGGAAUACACUAGUAGUAUGUUCAGGAUUCUUCAACUGGAGGUAAGAAAAAAAUCGAUUGCGUGGUUCGGUCCAUUGAGCAAAAAGAAGAUACAAUUUCUAUUACAGUGGACGAGCAGAAGAGUUGACAUAGUACCGAGCUGCUAUGUUCUUCCUCGAUGGAGUAAGAAUGUCAUCAGCAAGCACACUUACGUCAAGAGUAGCCAUGACGUGGCUCAGAGUGAUGAAAGCAACAACUUGUUCAGGCAUCUGUGUUCAAAGUUAUAUAACGUUGCGCAAGAGUUUGUUGCUUGUGAUGAGGAAGCAGCCAUCUUGCGAGCUGCCCUUUGGAAUGCAAAGUCCAAGCUGAUUGAUUACCGUGCCAGCAUGCGUUCCACUACUGCUGCUGCGUCUCAGAAUACCGUGCCCACACAGAGCACAUGCAGUGCGAUUGUACAUGACAUUCAGGGACCCUCAAGAGUCAAAACCAAAGGACGGCCUAAGGGUAAGAGACUUGGAGCAGAGUUGGACAAGUCAAUUAAGAAAUCAAUGCAAAAAAAGAAUAGGAAAUCACACCUGGAUGAGGUUGACCUUCCGUCAGAUAAUGAUCAUCAUGGGUCUCCUAGUAAAAGAUUUAAGGAUUCUACUAUGUGGAACUCAUCGGAAGGUGGCGGAUUCAUGCACCUGUUGAACUCUUUUAGGCAUAUAUAG